AAGACGCCAUUUUUGUUCCGGCGAAGGGGAUUACUUCAAUCCGUCUCCAUCGUCGCUAUAUUGAUAGAUAAAUGACUUGAUUUCUUUUUUUCGAAUCGCUAAUAAAAUAAUCCAAACCAAAAUGUGGAAAAUUCGCGAAUUACAGGACAAAGUUACGAAUGUGGUCAUGAACUACACUGAAAUUGAAGCCAAAGUAAGGGAAGCCACAAAUGACGAUAGCUGGGGUCCUCACGGAACAGUAAUGGCGGAGAUUGCAAGGUACACUUUUACGUACGAGCACUUUCCAGAGGUCAUGUCUAUGUUAUGGAAAAGAAUGCUGCACGAAAACAAGAAGAACUGGCGGAGAAUAUACAAGGCUUUGCUGCUUCUCACCUAUCUCGUGAAGAACGGGUCUGAACGGGUGGUAACUAAUACGAGAGACCACAUUUACGAUUUAAGACAGCUGGAAAACUUCAAUCACACCGACGAAUUUGGGAAAGAUCAAGGAAUUAACAUUCGACACAAAGUAAAAGACCUAGUUGAGUUGGUCCAAGACGAUGAAAGAUUGAAGCAAGAACGAAAGAGAGCCAAGAAAAACCGCGAUAAGUACAAGGGAGUUUCUAACGAAGACUAUACAAGAUCAUAUAGUGAUCGGUAUGAUUCUGAACCUCGGGGUGCAGACCAAUUUGACGAGUUUAAUGGAAGAACAACACGUAAGAGUAAAAUCAGAGAGUGGAGGGAAAGAGCUGGGUCGUAUGGAGAGUACAAAGACAAAGACAGUGAAGAAGAGGAAGCAGAGGAGGCAGAGGAAGAAAAAGACAAAGACAGCACAAGCAGUCCAGAUUCUUCCAAAAAUCCAACACCAAAACUACAGUCUAAACCAUCAAGGACUAUAGAUCUAGGGGCUGCAGCAAACUUUGGAAAAUUAGACAUAACAAAUAACAAAUCUGAAAAACCAGUCUCAAGUGUAGCUCAAUCUACAGUAUCUUCUAGUGGUUCAGACUUGGUGGACUUAUUCUCUGGGCCUGCUGGCGCAACACUCACAUCACAACCCUUUCAGGCUCCUCCUGCCUCAGUUGUGCCAUCAUCAAAUGAUGAUAGUUUCUUUGCAGACUUUGCUUCUGCUCCUGCUGAGGGAGGAACCAUUGAAGGAGUGGAAAAUGUGAAUUUCAGCAAUGGUACUCUGCAAGAGGAUGACUUUGGUGACUUUGCAGCUUUCCGCACUGGAAGUCCUCCCCAGAACAAUUUGUCUGAUGAUGCAUUUUUUUCUGGUUUUGAGAGUAAUACCACACCUCAGUCUAAUCAGAUUACAGUGAGCCAGGUAGUUCCUCAAAAUGCUAGUCAGUUUUUCUCUGCUCCCCAAUCUCAGUCAGUGGUGAAUCCACCUCUUCAACCACAAAGCACUAUGCUUCCUGGGCUACAUCCUCAACUUGGCCCUCAGACUCAACCUGGGUUGCAGCCUCAGUCAGGGCUACUAUCUCAACCCUCACUACAGCUGCAACCUGGGCUACAGCCACAACCUGGGCUACAGCCCCAAACUUCGCUACAGCCUCAACCUGUUCAGUCUGCAGUAAUGAAUAGUCAAUUUGUUUCUGGAGUAAUGCAGGGCCAGAUACCAAACUCUCAGCUGUUUGUCCAACCGCAACCAAAUCAACAACCGAUGCAUAUAAAACCGCAGACUAUGACCCCUUCAAAGCCAUUAGUAGCCAGUGGAAAGUCAUCUUCAGGUGUGUUGGCAGAGGGUACUCCUUUACAUCAGAAGUCAGUUAAAUCAACAACAUGGUCAAACAGUCCAGUUGACAUUAGUCUAGACAAUUUAAGCCCCAUGAGCCACAAGGACAAACCAGUUCAACCAAGCAUGAAUGAGUUGUAUUCAAACCAGCAGCAAGUUCCAUCAGCAACAAUGGGCUUCUAUAACAUGCCACAGCAGGGUAUGUACCCCAUGGGGAUGCCACCAAUGAACACAAAUUACCCUGUCAUGGGCAUGGCAGCACCACAAAUAAACACGAUGGGUCCAAACAUGAGUCAGAUGGCAGUCUCAUCUAAUGUGCCCAUGAUGCCCAUGACAAACAGAGCAAUGGGAAUGAUGCAGCCAAGACCAAUGGGACAAAUGCAGAACUUUGGUACUAGUGGUUAUUCAACUUACAAGGGCAUCAGUUGAUGUUUAUGGCAUUGGACAAAGUGCUUUACUGCAUAAGUCUUGCAUACAAAGAAGGUUCUACAGUUGGACUAAAAUUCCCAUCGAGAGAGAAAUAAUUCAUUGAAUAAUACAAAAUUAAAAUUUAAUCAAAUUAAAUUCAACAUUGGCUGGGCCAAAUUGAGAAGAGGUGAGAACUUGUGAAGUAGGAUGGAAGGAGACCAAGAUAGAUUCACCUUAUUACUUGAAGUUUUUGCAACACUUUGUUUUCAUGAUUAUCAGAAUAACUUGCAUUGACAAAUUACAGUGAUCUGAAACUGGGUGUCGUCACGGAAUAUCACCAAAAAUUUGUGACCAUCAUGACUCCAGGUAUUUAAGAAAUAACCAAGUAAUAGGUUACAUGGAUAACAUGACUUAAAGCAAAAAGUAUAGUUGUUUUUGGUACUGUAAUAAUGGAAUUAUGUACCAUUUAAAAGUAUCAUAAGCAUUAAUAUUUCUUGUUAUUGCUGUUUAAAUGAUAAACUAUUAUUUUAGAACAAAACCGCAAAAUGCCCUCUGAAAUGAGAGAAAUGUACUUCUAGACAAAGCUACAAGAUUGAAGGGUAAUGAAUACAGUGUAAGAGACUUAAGGAUUCUUGUGCAUGCACACACACACACACACACACACACACACACACACAUACACAACACUCUUGAAAAGUUCUCUUAAUAAGGUGGUAGAUGCUAAACAGCCAUGUAGAUAGACUUGUAAUUGUAAAAGAACCCACUUGAAGGAUCUUAGUUUUGGGUGAUUUUUGUUAAUUUGGGAGAGAAAUUCCACAUUUGUAUCAUGUUGAACCAAUCAUAUAUUUUAUCAAUCCUCUACAUAGAUGUGGGCUUGAAAGGCCACUCAUUUUAUUGUUAUAUAUUAGAUAAUUACCUAGGACAUUUCAAGGCUUUGGUUCAGUGAAAUGCUCAUAACUGUGGUAUCAAGACAGGUUAUGAACUACAAAGGAUUAGAUCAUUAAAAAAAAAAAACCAGUUUGAUACUAGCAAAACAGCAACAGAGGGGGGCAGUAUAUGAUGUAGAAUUGUUACUCCUUUUAAGUCAACUAUCUUUGCUGCACAAUAUACAUAGCAGUUUUCAUUUAAGUGUCUGCCUCAGAUGAUUUUUUUUGUUUUGUUGUGUGGGUUUCUUUACAAACUGUAUUAAAGUAACAAUUUGCUUCUCACACAAGCGAGUCUACAAAGCCAUAUUGGUAUCCAGUACAGAUAAUGCCAACAACAUUCUUUUGAUAAUUUCUGGUUUCUAUCAGAACUUGAUUCACAUUACACAAGUACCCAGCCUAUUUAUCCUUGCCAAAACUAAGUAUGUUAUCAGUCAUUCAAAAUGCAAUCUUAAAAGGGGCUAGAGUCAAUAAAGAAAUACAUUUGCUUUCCUAGGAAUGAUUAGGUUAGAAGGACUUUGAUGUACAUGUAACAAAUUGUUCACUUUUAGUUCUUAUCUUCCAAUUUACAAGUGAAUGUUCUUAAUUAUCUUUAACUUUGCCACUCAAAAAAUCAAGCUAGAGUGAUUUUUGGUGAUGGAAAGUAUUGCAUGCACAGUUAAAAUUUAUUAGAGAGAAAAAAGAUUGUCAAGCUGAGGUUUGAAGUUUGUGGAUGUAAUCUGUAAUUUUACUAUCUCCAGAUUUGUUCAUCCUUGCACUUUUAAAGUUGUGUGCAAUUAUUGUUUUUCUGAUUUGUAAGGCAUGGUAGAGUUAUGUUAUAGUUUCCUCCAUGACCUUCUAGGGCAACUGUCUCCUAACUGUACCAUUCUAAAGAGCAGUGCUGAAGAGAUAUUAAAUUUCAAUUUUCAUAGGUUUUCAAAGAUCCUGUUAGGGAUUGGGACAUGCAGUUUUUAUUUUUGAAUAAAGAACACUUGGUGGAA